AUGGGGGGGGAUCACGGAGGGGCGAGGGCGGAGAUCUCGUUCGGCGGGAGGUUUGCCAGCAGUGCCUUCGCCGCCUGCUUUGCGGAGGUGGGUCUUUCUUGUUUACUCGACGCUACAGUCGGCUCGUUUCCGAUUUCUUCCGUGUAGUUGAUUCGCUACAUGUCAUUUCUUUUCUCUAGAUAUUUUUUCUGGACAGUGGAUCGAUUCCCAGUGGAGACGUUCCCCUUUCUAGUUUAUAGCCAAUGCCCGACAUGGCGGUAUUACUGAAUCGUGAUAGAAUGCGUAAUCACUAUUUUUCCUGCACUUUGAUCAAGUAAAUUUUCGUAUCUGAUUCAAGGUCGUAGCGGCUCUGUUACCCCCGUUUAAGGAUUGGAUUGUAUUUAGCUGUGUUUCUUUGUUUUCGCUUUGUGAUUCGUGUUCAUCGAACCUUAUGUAUUCUUCCCGUUCAACCAGAAAUCAGUUCCUAGUUUAUUUUUUCUCCGAUGCCUUAGAGCAGCCACCUCAUAUUUUUUCGUUGUUUAUUGCUUUCUCUGUUAGUCUUCUCCAGAAAAGUUCAUAUUACGUCGAAGCGAUUUCCCAAAGUUUAUUUUUCUGUGCAAUGGAAAAAUUUGUCUGCAAUGCGUCGAUUGUUCUCCAAACUUUUAUCCUCAACAACCGUUAGCAGAUUUCUAUUCAUAAUUUUGGGGUUGGAGAAAAAAUUGACGUGGGAUAUUGGCUAUAUUUUCUCUGCAUCCUUUCUCUUAGAGCAUGGUCGGCGACAUUUCUCUACCCUGCGUUGGGGUCGUAUAGUUUUUGAUCCUAUCUGUAGACUAAGAAGUAUGAGCUGCGCUGUCAGUACUCUCAAGAGGCUAGGAAAUAGUUUCUUUCGUCAGCAUAAAUCAUCGCUCUGUCAUCAUCCUUGAUUUGUAUCGAAUUGAUCUGAUAGUGACCUGGAAUUGCCUGUUGCAGUCAAACCCAAAAAUAUGAAAGUAAUUUUUCUCUCCAAUCCCCAUUUUCAGCACGCCAUAAUCCUACUGAACCUGGUCUAACAAAAGAAUUAUCAUCCAAAUUAUUUGUUAUGGCUGAAUUUCGUGUAGAAACGCCACCAUAUCAUGCGAGGUGUUCCAUUGUUUCGUACCACGCCAUCAAGUGUCAGCAUAUAAUUUUGUUUUUGAUCUUUGAUUAUUGCUGUUUGCCCGUAAACACAAGUCUAGACUUAUAGGAUCAGAGUUGAAUGUGGAUGAAGGCCAUUUUCAGAAGAUCGCAUCUCAAUCCGUUUCUGCACUGAAAUUUUAUAACAUGGUGUCUAUUUCUCCAUUCAUGUCUUACCUGAAAUGGAAUACUGGCUGCUCUUGUUCUAUUUCUUACAUUCCACCCAUUGUAUUAUUUAUCUCUUUAGCUUUCUGACUUAGCCACGCCUUUUUUGGUUUUAUUCUGACAGCUCUGUACCAUUCCCCUGGAUACUGCCAAGGUCAGGCUUCAGCUCCAAAAGAAAUCUAUCACAGGUGAUGGAGUGUCUUUGCCAAAAUACAAGGGAAUGCUAGGUACAGUUGCUACCAUAGCUAGGGAAGAAGGUCUAUCAGCACUCUGGAAAGGCAUAGUACCAGGUCUACAUCGGCAAUGUCUCUUUGGAGGCUUGAGAAUUGGACUAUAUGAACCUGUAUGUGUCAGUACAGGCGUUUUUUGUUGUUACAUCCGUCCUCAUAGAUCAUUUGCAUUGUUGUGCUUUCCUUGUGAAGUUUCUUUAUAUUCGUCCUCUUAGAUCAUUAGCAAUUUUUUAGGUCAAAUCGCUCUAUGUUGGUGAGAUUUUUGUUGGGGACAUUCCUUUGUCCAAGAAGAUACUUGCUGGGCUUACAACUGGUGAGUGGACCACAUUUGUGAUGACGGUUCCUGGUUCAGCUUUCGUGAUAGUAUUUUAUCUCAAAUUUCUAACAGAGUUUCCCUACAAAGUGUGCUCCAGAAUAACGUUUAAUCAUCACACAAUCCGUUCUGGUCCAACUAAAUUGAUAAACUGGACUCUCAAUCAGGUGCUCUGGCGAUCACAGUGGCCAAUCCAACUGAUCUCGUUAAGGUUCGGCUUCAAUCAGAAGGAAAACUCCCACCUGGGGUACCAAGACGGUAUUCUGGAGCACUGAAUGCUUAUUCUACAAUUGUUAAACAGGUGAUGCUCACUUGCUGAUGGGCUAAUUUUUCUUUUUUUUUUUUAUAUCAGAAUGUCAUUUCUGAUUGAAUUCGACAACUGUUCCCAUAAUUUAGGAAGGCGUUGGGGCUCUGUGGACCGGUCUUAGUCCAAACAUUGCUCGGAAUGCUAUUAUAAACGCCGCUGAAUUGGCCAGCUAUGAUCAGGUGAAACAGGUAAAAGUUUCCACUCCUCUCUAAAUAUGAAAGAGGUAAAAAAAAUUCUUUUAUUAAGAUUAACGGGCGAUUCGUUCUAUGUGUCUUCCUUUGAGAAGAUUUGAUGUGCUAUAUUUUGUUGUUAUUUUUGUUUAAUUAUCUCUACUUCUGCAUGCAGACAAUCUUGAAAAUCCCAGGAUUUACGGAUAAUAUCUUUACACAUCUUUUAUCUGGCUUGGGCGCCGGAUUUGUUGCAGUUUGUAUUGGUUCCCCUGUUGAUGUGGUAAGAAUUCGCUGACCUUGUUUUGGAGUUCUUCUUCACAAGGUGUUCAAUUUAUUUUAUUUGUUUCGUGCACCAAAUUUCUUCCAACCUGUCAACCAUUUUGUAUAGCUAUCCUUUCUUGGUUAGGCAGAGACGAACCUGGGCAGAUCCCCAUGUAUGUCGAAAUUUAGCGAGCUAUUUAUUUAUGUGGAAUUUCAUUUUUCCUGUCAAGUGUAUUAUCAUCAGCUAUUUCAGCUUCCUAGAACGCUUAGGUGGUGAAAAACCGUUCUCACAAAGGAACAACCAAAUAUGUCAGGUUUAUAUCAAAGAAUUCCAAAAAACGUCCCUGGAAAAUAGGGUAGAAACCAAAACCCGGGGCAUUGUUUGGAAGCUUAUGUAAACCAAUAUUCCUGGGAAAUGUUGUGGAAUGAGAUCACUGCCAAGAAAAGUAGAAUUUCGGCGGUGGUUUGAGCAAUUCUUAUCGUACAAACUAGCUGCUUGAUCUACAUAAUAUCGUCCCUUUCAGAUGUCUCUUCUUCAUGUGAAUGGCACAAUGCUUCAGUUAGAUCAGAUUUUCAUGCACGAAGGUACUGCUUGCUGGCCUAGUAAAAUGUUAAUGGUUCCGUGUGUUGCUGCAGGUAAAAUCUAGAAUGAUGGGAGACUCGUCUUAUAAAAGCACGCUCGAUUGUUUCAUCAAGACAUUGAAGAAUGACGUACGUUUUUUUAUCUAUUUUUCUUUUCUCUCUGCAUUUCCUCCGUUUUAAGUAACAGUAGUUUUGUUGCUUUUACCCUGCUCGAUCCCCCUCCUUAACCAAUUUCGCGGCUCCUCAACUGAAAGAUGUGCUUCUUUUACUGGUGGAAACAAAGUCAAAGCAAGACUUACCUUAAUUAUCUGAUGAAACAAACUCUGAGAAGCUGCCUUUUUUCUUCUGAUAAACAUCUGAUGAUACUGCCGAUAUGUAUGUUAGUUAGUCUUCUAGUUCGACGAGCCCUCCUCCUCACUGCCCUCGAGCAUCUCAACUCCAUUCUUGCUUUUUGUGUUCUGUUUUUUUUUUUUGUUGGCAGGGACCCUUUGCUUUCUACAAGGGAUUUAUCCCAAAUUUUGGCCGGCUGGGAUCAUGGAACGUUAUAAUGUUCUUGACGUUGGAGCAGGUAUUCUCCCCUCCCUUUGUUGGUGUCAUCCUCCUCCCUUUCCUUCCUGGGCUUGAACCGCUGACUGCUUCACGAAACCCGGCUGGCCCGAAUCCCAAGUUUCUCAACCUUUCUUUCGACGUUACUCCCUUCUCAUCCAGAAGCGCUCGGGUUUAAAAAUGGCAGGUCAAGAAGCUCUUCGUCAAGGACCACCUGUCGAGCUGA